AUGGCGGAGGAGCCGAAGGCAGCCCCCGCACCAAGCCUUGCAGCACCGGCCGCGGCGGCCGCGGCGACCACCGCCGCCACCAGAACGACGUCCCUCGACGUGCCAGUGGCCGCAGACUACGCCGGCGCGAAUUCUUCUGCUACCCAGCAGGAGGCGGUCCCGGCCCGGGGCGCGGCAACCCCACCAGCCCCGCAGCCCCCAGGCGCGGGUGAGGAGGAGGUUGUGGAGGAGGAGCAGCCGCAUGCUCCACCGCAAGCAGACGACCCCCCGCCCAGCCAUACGGCUUGGAUCGACGAGAAGUGCGAGCUGAUCAGCAACUACCUCGGCGAGAUCCAAGGCCUGCGCGUCAAGCUGGAGGUGCAGACCAAGGCCACCGAAAGUGCGCUGACCGCGGCAGCCCGGCACGAGAUCCAGCUCAACGCCGCCAAGGACAAGGCGGCCCGGCUCGAAACCGAGCCGGCCGCUGUCCCAGAGGAGUUCACCAAGGCCGGCUCAAGUGCGCCCGCUCCAGAUGCGGGCGCGACGGCGGUUGAUCUUGGCUCCAACGCCGAGAUCACGGGGAUGGCAGAGGAGCCGGAGGCAGUCCCCACGCCAGGCCCUGAUGUGCCGGCCGCCGCGGCAACGGCAACCCCCGCCGCCACCGGGACGGCGUCCGGCGACGCACCAGCGGCAACGGGCACCGCUGGCGCGGACUCUUCUGCCGCCUAG